CUUUUACAAGUACUUUUUAGUGCAGUAGAGCCUUUGUUAGAAGAAUGGACAAAACAUUCAACAGUUGAUGUUAAGCAUCUCUAUGUUUUCUUAUUCCAGCUCUGGAUUAAUCGAAUUACAGCUGCCUCCCAGGAACACGGUCUGAAGUACCCGGCAUUCAUUGUCAACUUAAUUAAGUGCCAGGUGGAGCUCAACAGGAAGGUACUUGCAGACCUGGCCAUCUAUGAACCGAAGACUUUCAAAUCUUUGGCUGCUUUGGCCCAAAGGAGGCGACAGGAAGGGUUUGCUGCUGCCUUGGGGGAUGGAAAGGAGCCUGAGGGCAUAUUUUCCAGAGUGGUGCACUACCACUGAGGGCAGCAGCACAGUGGAUCUGGACAAGGCUUUUUCCUUGGAGGAUCGUAGCUAAGAUAGGAGCUCCAGGAGUUAUGUGAUAACUGAGUGAAGUCUGAGUUUGAUUUGUCUUUGUGUUCAUUGCCAUUUCAAUAAUAGGUCUUGCCUUCUCUGGGUGGGACAGUCACAGAAUGUCUUAUGUCUUAUGCAGAUCAUGUGCAUAAAGCUUUUGUAGUCUUUGAUUUUUGUUAUAUUUUGUUACCCAGCAAACCCUUUGAUGUGUGCUCUGAGGUGCCUGUGUACAUGUCAUCAGUGACCACAUGGGCAGUGGGAAAGACUGCUGAGCAGGAGUCCCGAGUGGUAGGAUGCCACUGACCAUGCUGCUUCCUUCUGCAAAUUAGGGAUCUGCACCAGGCCUCUGAACUUUGACCCCACAGUUACCUGAUCUACACAAGUUUCCCCAGUCUCUACUCAUCCUGGCCAGGUUUCACCUCAGUCUCCAUCCUCCACUGGUCUCUUCCUUAUGUAUAGCAAGAAUCCUGUGGCUCAUUUCUUCAGACACUCCAAACACCAACCUUUUCCCCUCCCAUCUCCUUCCAUGCUCCCCCAAACCAGUAGAGAUGGGAGGGACAUCCACAUAGCAAGCAGGUAGCACUCCUGGCUCAAAGGGGAACUUCUGAACUCUUAUGGCUUUGGAGGGCUUUUAACAACACACACACUGCUCCCAUAAGUUCAGGUAUUAUGUUCCUGACACUCACUAGUAGGAGCCACUUCACAGCAGCUCCAUACCUUAGACCUGUCCACUCCUUCUAGUAGUGAAAGAUGUGUAUUUAAGCUGCCCAGGACCAGCCCAACCCUUUGUCCUCAGUGACCCAAAGCCUUUGUCAUGUGGGUUUUGAGCAACUCAUCUGCACACCCCCUCUCUAGCUCUAGUCUGCUGUCUCCACUCUGGUCUCUAACUGCUUCCUUCCCAUUAUAACUCAAGAGCUCUCAGCAAAGCUGUUUUCUAGAACCAAAAUUCCAAUAGGUACCAUGACCCCCAAGAAUUUCACCUCAUCUCACUUCCCUUUCCUUCUGCACCAGGAAAACCCUUGAAGCUCUUUACCAAUUACUGCCUUCUUGCUGGGGACUCCCACAUUUAUACAGGCAAUAUGUAUACCUGUGGCCCAGGCCUGCUUGUACUGCUGACCUUGGAGGGCUAUCCCUGCUCCCAAAGCACACCUUUCUUCCCUUCCAAUUGCAGCCACACUGCCCUUUGGUGACACCAUCCUUCAUCUCAUGUCACCAUUGCCUGGGAGUCAUUCCAUAUUCUUCCUUGUACACAGUACCUACUCCGGCCCCACAUGGAGCCAGUCAAGCCCUGGCCAUUUACCUCCUAGAUAUCUUUGUCCAUUCUCGUCCACUUUCACUGUAAGCCAAAAUCAUUUAUGGCCCACAUUACAGCUUGAACCCCCCUAUGAGGCCCUUCUUCCUGGACUUUGUCUCCAGCUUAAGGGUGGAGACUACCAUAGGUAUUUGGAGGACAAGGGCCAACUUCCAUCUUUCCCAAGAUCUGGUCAUGUGCACAAGUGUUGAAUUCAUUUCACUUGUCAGUAUGGUACUGUGGUUGAGCUGCUUUUAUGCACUUCACACUAAUAAAGGAAGAUGGGAAUGUGGCAGA